CGGGGCGGGCUUGGUCAGGGCCUGACGGGUUGGGCCUGCCCCAGCAGUUCCUAGGGCCCGGGUUCCUCAACCGCUGGCUCAGCCACGCCGCGCCCCGCCCGCCCCCCGCUCCCCGCUCCCCGCGCCUGGGCAGAUGAAGAAACCAAAGUCCAGAGAAACUGAGUUAUUGACCCUGGUCACAGUUGGCUUGUGGAAGAGCUACAUUAGAACCCAGGCCCAGGCAACCUCAAAGUGCAUCUUCCAUCCACCCCUCUACACUCUCUUCUUCUGAUCAGACUGAAUAAAAGAUGAACAAACCCAUAACAGCAUCAACAUAUGUGCGCUGCCUCAAUCUUGGACUAAUUAGAAAGCUUUCAGAUUUUAUUGAUCCUCAAGAAGGAUGGAAGAAGUUAGCAGUUGCUAUUAAAAAACCAUCUGGUGAUGAUAGAUACAAUCAGUUUCACAUAAGGAGAUUUGAAGCAUUACUUCAAACUGGAAAAAGUCCCACUUGUGAAUUACUGUUUGACUGGGGCACCACAAAUUGCACAGUUGGUGAUCUCGUGGAUCUUUUGGUCCAAAAUGAGUUUUUUGCCCCUGCAAGUCUUUUGCUACCAGAUGCUGUUCCCAAAACUGUUAAUACACUGCCUUCUAAAGUCCCUGUAACAGUUCAGCAGAAACAUAUGCCCCUCUAUGGCAAAGACAGGACAUCUGUGAUAUCUGAUGAGAAUACUGAACAAAACUAUAUGCCACCUGACUCCUCACGUCCAGAAAAUAGAAGUUUAGAAGUUAGUGAUACACGUUUUCACAGUUUUUCAUUUUAUGAGUUGAAGGAUGUCACAAAUAACUUUGAUGAACGACCCAUUUCUGUCGGUGGUAACAAGAUGGGAGAGGGAGGAUUUGGAGUUGUGUAUAAAGGCUAUGUGAACAACAGGACUGUAGCAGUGAAGAAGCUUGCAGCAAUGGUUGACAUUAGUACUGAAGAACUGAAACAGCAGUUUGAUCAAGAAAUAAAAGUAAUGGCAAAGUGUCAACAUGAAAACUUAGUAGAACUACUUGGUUUCUCAAGUGAUGGAGAUGACCUCUGCUUAGUGUAUGUUUACAUGCCCAAUGGUUCAUUGCUAGACAGACUGUCUUGCUUGGAUGAUACUCUACCACUCUCUUGGUGCAUAAGAUGCAAGAUUGCUCAGGGUGCAGCUAAUGGCCUCAGUUAUUUACAUGAAAACCAUCAUAUUCAUAGAGAUAUUAAAAGUGCAAAUAUCUUACUAGAUGAAGACUUUACAGCCAAAAUAUCUGACUUUGGGCUUGCACGGGCUUCUGAGAAGUUUGCCCAAACAGUCCUGACAAGCAGAAUUGUGGGAACAACAGCCUAUAUGGCACCAGAAGCUUUGCGAGGAGAAAUAACAGCCAAAUCUGACAUCUACAGCUUUGGUGUGGUUUUACUAGAAAUAAUAACUGGACUUCCAGCUGUGGAUGAACACCGUGAACCUCAGUUAUUGCUGGAUAUUAAAGAAGAAAUUGAAGAUGAAGAAAAGACAAUUGAAGAUUAUAUUGAUACGAAAAUGAAUGACAUUGAUUCCACUUCCAUUGAAACUAUGUACUCUGUUGCCAGUCAAUGUCUGCAUGAAAAGAAAAAUAAAAGACCAGACAUUAAGAAGGUUCAACAACUGCUGCAAGAAAUGACAGCUUCUUAAAACUUUACUGGAAUAGACUUUUGGCUUUUUAUAUACAGCUAUCUAAAUCAUUUUUUAAACUAAGAUUUUUUUGUAAACAUUCUUCUUUACCUUUUACAAGGCAGCAUGCAGUGGUUAUUAAAGCUUGUGUAGAACCCCCAAUAUAUAGAACAAACAAAAGUAGAGCCGCCGUAGCAACACUUAGCCCUACUUUCACUCUGAGGUCUUACUGUAAUCCCUGAGAUCUCCUUGGAACCUUACCAAACACAGUAUGAAAACUCAGAAUUAGCAACAAAGAGGACUGAACUAUAGGGUGGAAAGACCCUGGGCUGAAGCCCGACUCCACUACUAAUUUUCUGUAAAGCUUUGGGCAACCUCUUAGCUGCUUUGAACCUUGGUUUUUUCACUUGUAACGUUGGACUAAUUAUCUACUGUGCCUCUCUGACAGGUAAUCAUGAAAAUCAAAUGAUACAGAAUAUGUACAGGCAUUUGUAACUUGUAAAGUGAUAUAAAAUUUAAUGUUUACAUAAAUGAUUGUAAAAUCCUAUUACAGUCAUUUGUUUAUAGGGUCAUGUUCACAGUGUGCUAUUUUAAGCAAUCAUUCACCAUAAGCCAAUUAUGCCCCGAUGAUACUCCCGUGAUGAUAUGGCCGUUGUUAGAUUAUGUUAUAUGGCAAAUUUGAAAGCAUUUUGCAGAUGCAGUUAUCGUCCCUCAUCAGCUGACUUUGAUUGUCAAUAAGGAGAUGCGGCUUUGGGGGCUGGACCUAAUAAGGUGAGCUUAGAAGAGCUUACAAGAAGUCCGAGAGAUUCUCCUGUGGGCCUUGAAGUAAGCUACCAUGCUGUAGGAAGGCCACAUUGGCUAAGAUCUAUGGGUGGCCUUUAGGAGAUGAAAGCUACCUUCCAGCUAUCAGCCAGCAAGAAAAAAUUGGAACCUUCGUUGUACAACCUCAAGAAACUGAAUUCUUCCAACAAACUAAAUUAGCUUAAAAGAGUGCUCCAGACUUCAGAUGAUAUCAUAGCCUCUGCUGACACCUAAAUUUAGGCCUUUUGAGACCCUCAGUAGCAAACAUGGACUUCUGUGCCUGGACUUCUGACAUGCAGAAUUGUGAGAUAAUAAAUAAGUUGCUAUAAGCCA